AUGGCGCUCUCGCCCAAAUACAUCACCGGCGACAAGUCUGCCAUCAAUGAAUUCAUAGACAAGUUUGACACGUUUCUAUUUGAUUGCGAUGGCGUCCUCUGGUCUGGUGACCAUGUGUUCGACGGGGUGCCGGAAACCAUCAUGAUGCUAAAGGCCAAGGGCAAAAGAACCGUUUUUGUGACAAACAACUCCACCAAGUCCCGCGACGACUAUGUCAAGAAGCUUUCCAACCUGCACAUCCCCUGCGAAAAGGAGGACGUCUUCGGCUCGUCCUACUCGGCAGCGAUAUACAUCUCCCGCAUCCUCAAACUGCCGCCGGGGAAGAACAAGGUGUUCGCGCUCGGCGAGGCCGGAGUGGAGGCGGAACUCGCGGCUGAAGGUAUCCCUUGCGUCGGUGGCACCGAUCCUAGUUUCAGGAGGGACAUGACCCCGGAGGAUUUCAAGGGGCUGGCGGAUGGAUCGCUGUUGGACCCCGAGGUCGGUGUCGUGCUGUGCGGGUUGGAUUUCCACGUCAAUUAUCUGAAGCUCAGCACCGCGCUGCACUACCUGAAGCGCGGCGCCGUGUUCCUCGCCACCAACACCGAUUCGACGUUGCCUAUGCAUCAUAGCUUCUUCAUGGGGGCGGGAUCGUGCAUGAUUCCGCUGGAGUAUGCUAGUGGGCAGAAGCCGUUGGAGCUGGGAAAGCCAAGUCAGGCCAUGAUGGACGCCGUUGAGGGCAAGUUCCAGCUCGACAGGUCGAGGACGUGCAUGGUUGGUGACCGGUUGAACACUGAUAUCAAGUUUGGUGUUGAGGGCAAGCUCGGCGGCACUUUGCAUGUUCUCACGGGCGUGCACAAAAAGGCGGACUGGGACAAGAAGGAUGCGGUGGCAGUUCCAGCCUAUUACGCCGAUCAAUUGAGUGAUUUGAAAAUAGUAGCCUAG